AUGGCUCUUCAUCAUCAAUGGUCUAUCAAGCAAUUAGACAUCUUUAAUGCAUUUCUUCACAGGAAAGUAGAAGAUGAGGUUUACAUGUUACAACCACUUGGUUUUAUUCAAUAUCCUAAUCAAGGAUUUACCAAUAGCCAGUCCGAUACUUCCCUCUUUGUUUAUCAUUCCUCUGCUGGCCUCAUGCUUCUUGUGGUGUAUGUUGAUGAUAUCUUGAUUACAGGAAGUAAUUCAUCUCCGAUUUCACAUUUGAUCACUCAGAUGCAUCAGGUUUUUUCCAUGAAGGAAUUGGGUUCUGUCUCAUAUUUUUGGGGCAUCUCUGUCGAAUGUCAAGGUGCUGAUUAUUUCCUUACUCAAGCUAAGUAUGCCACUAAAUUGUUACACAAAGCUGGCUUAGUUGAUUGUAAGCCUUGUUCCACUCCAUUGGCUCUCAAACCUCCUUCUACUUCUCAUGAUUCUCUUCCUUUUUCUAACCCCUCUUUAUACCAUAGUAUCAUUGGUGGUUUACAUUAUCUUACCCUUACUCAUCCAGAUCUUUCCUUAGCUGUUAAUCAGGCUUGCCAAUUUAUGCAUCUACCUACCAAUGGCCAUUUUCAGUUAGUUAAAAGGUCGUUACAUUAUAUCAAAGGUACUUUUCAUCAUGGCUUGCGAUUUACAUCUGGUCCUUUCUCUAUUCAUGCCUUUUUUGAUGCCAACUGGGCUGGUGACUGUCUUGAUCGGAAAUCAACCUCUGGUUAUUGUGUGUUUCUUGGUCCUAACUUGAUUUCUUGGUCUGCCAAGAAACAAGCUACUAUUUCUCGGUCCUCUACUGAGGCCGAGUAUUGA